AUGUCAACAUUAACCACCUUCCACCCCUUCCCCGCCCUCCCAAUCGAGGUCCGCCUUAAAAUCUGGUCUUUGUACCUGUCAACUCCUCGAACCGUUACUAUAUCAUGUAAUAGAGCACCCAUUAUACCCCGCCAGCCCCGUACCGCCAAGUCUUGGUCCACCGACUCCCCAACCCCACCUCUCCUCCUCUUGAACCGCGAAUCGCGCUACGAAGCCCUUAAGAUAUACACGCCCUAUUUUACAACCCCCUCCUCCGCACGCUCUAUUUAUCUCUCCUUCUAUCAAGACUUCGUGCGAUUUAUCGACAGCGACCUCCAAUUUAUCCCUCCCGCCUAUCGUCUCGAGAUCCAGAAACUGGUUAUACAUACCAAGGAUUGUGCUUAUUUCGGGUUGAAUAAUAUGGAGACUAUUAAGAGUAUAAAGACGCUGAGGGAUUUGGAGAUAUAUGCGGAGAGGGGAGAAAUAGCUGCUUGGUGGAAUGAGGGGGAUCACCAUUUCGCUUUGUUAGUAAAGGACUUUGAGCAGACACGGGCGGCUGAUCCGGAGUGGGAAUGUCCGAUGGUUAGGAUUUUUGAUGCCGAGACGGGAAAGGAGAUGAGGUUUAUUGAGGGUGGUAAGGGGGAACUUGAAGGAUAG